UAAAACAAUCAAACUGAAGUAAAUCAUUGCUGAGCUCUGUGUGUUCCUGCAGCCGAAGAAGCGUCGGAGAGGCUGCAGACAGUGUGUGGCCUGCCUCCGUUACGACUGUGGGAAGUGUCGUUUCUGCCUCGACAAGAAGAAGUUUGGAGGUCCCUCGGUGAAGAGACAAAGGUGUAUGUUCAGACGGUGUCUUUUCCUGACUAACAAAGUGUCCAUGCAGGCUGGAAAAGAGACGAUUACGGCGACAGCUCAGCCCCAACGCGAUCACCUCAGGAGAGAAGAUGUCGGAGAGGAAAAGCAGGAACCCAAAGAAGAGGAGGAGGAGGAGGAGGCCGUGGAGAUGAUGGAGGAGGUUUUCAGUGAGGGAACGACAGAGAAGGGAAAGUACUACGACAUAGAGGUGGUGGUGCCAGGCUUUGACUCUGACACUGACUCCAUCUGACAUCGACAAUGACCUCACAUCAAACGUGACAGAUGAUGUCACUCUGUCUGACCUUACCUACACACGCCCAGAGUUGAUUUCAUCGGUCAGUGGAGCUUCAGUAGGACAGAGGAAGUCACACUUUAUAACUCGUGCUUCUCUGCCCUCUUUCUCUGUUUUCAGACUUCGGGGUCAUUCAGUCUGUUAGGGGGCGUGGUCAGUGGAAGAGGAAGGAAGAGAGAAGCAAAAUGGAGAAAAUGGGACAUCAUAACAGAAUCCGAUCUCAAAAAUCUACACCUCAAACAUUUGGUGCAGUUUUCAAAUUAUAGAAAUAUUUUCAUGUUGAUUGGGAAAUGUUUAUUUCAUCACUGAGAGCUUGAAGAGGGACAAAACUCACAGACAUACCUACAGCUUUAAAAGCUGCUCAGUUUAAGAAAAGGAAGAAAAGUUACACGAGCUCCAUCAGAAACUUCAAAAUCAUACAGACCUAGAGCCCGGUUGGUGACUCCACCACAAUCACACCACCACAACCACUGGUCACUGGGGAAAAAUGUUUAUCCCUCGACCGGUUGGCGAGUGGCUGCUGGAAGCUGUUUUUAGGUGAAAUCAGUCAUCUGCUGUGCUUCACUAAAAACCUUCUUGUGAUUGCUCUGGUUGCAAGCAGAUUGCUGCAGUUGUCAUAGUUUGCGUGGAAGAUGUUGACUUGCCUACAAUCACUGCCAACUAGUCACUGAGCAGUAUUGAAGCAGUAAGUGCAAACAAACCAGAAACAGAGAACAUUUGCCAUCAAAGUAAAAGUUGUGCUUUACUGCUUUAAUAGUAACUUAAAUAUUUCAACUGAUGUGACACAUUCUUCUCCAGCAGGUUGCCAACUGGUCUCUAGGCCUUAAUUAGUACUAGGAGCUCAUUCUAGUCAUUUGCUUAAUUCCUAAACAUAAUUCUGCUUUUUACUGAUUAUUUUGGUGUUGUUGUUACUGUGGAGUGAACUCAGAUGGCCUUUAGGCCUUAAACAUAAACACCAUAAACACACUUUAACUUCCCAAAACAUAAAACUUUUUUGAAACUCCUGUGACGAAACUCCUGGAGUUUCUUGUGUUAAGCUGCUUGUUUGGAAAUCCCGUGUUUAUGACUCGUUCAGCUUCAAAAUUCAGCAGCGUUCAUAUAUGUAUUUAAACCAUCUGUGGAAUUUUAAAAGCUUAUUUCAGGCAUCUUACCAAAGAGUUUUCCAUGUUUAUAGACUAAUUCCUGCAGCACUUAGAUAAACAGGAUUUCUGUUGAUGCUCGGUGCUCUUCAGCAGCUUUAAUGUCAGAACAUUUCUACCUCAAUGUGUUUGGAACAGACCUGAUCUCUUAGUUUGGUUCAUCGUGUUUUGUUUAGAUAAUGCUGAUUUCCUUCCUUUUUGCUCUUUCUACUCUGCAGAGCAGUUGUAUAUUCUUCUGCAAAAACCUGAACAACAUUUGAGCUGUAAACAUUUUAUUUUUAUUUAAAGCAGGAAGAAAGCAGGAAUGUCAAAAAUGUUUGGACAGUGAAUGUUCUGGUGUCAGAAAGUCCUGUUGCACCAUGUAAAUAAAGCUCAGUGAAGAAAUACCUUUAUCUGUAACAGUGAGUUUAAAGAGUUUCUGGAAACUUUGUGCUUUU